AGGAAAUUACAAUAAAGAAGAAGGAAAAAAAAUGGCGACGCGAAAAAACACGUUGGCUUCUCCUGUUCAAUAUGUUCAAAUUGAUGGCUUGGUGGUGUUGAAAAUGAUCAAACACUGUCAAGAAGAAGGUGCCGGAGGCACGGAUCUCGUCCAGGGUGUUCUACUUGGUCUUGUUGUAGACAACAGGUUGGAGAUCACAAACUGUUUUCCAUUCCCUAAGCAUACAGAAGAGGAAGAAUUUGAUGAACUUCAGUACCAGAUGGAAAUGAUGCGUAAUCUGCGACACAUGAACAUUGACCACCUUCACGUGGGUUGGUAUCAGAGCACCUACUUUGGCUCGUUCAUCAACAGGCCACUGCUAGACUCGCAGUUCAACUACCAGCACUCCAUAGAAGAAUCGGUCGUGCUCAUAUAUGAUCCCCUGAAAUCAACUCAAGGUUUCCUCUGUCUGAAAGCAUACCGCCUGACCCCGGAGAUGAUGGAGUUCUAUGCCCAGGGUGACUUUUCCCCAGAGAGCAUCAGCAAGAAUGGCAUCAGCUUUGAGAAAAUGUUUGAUGAAAUUCCGGUGGUUUUGAAAAAUUCACAUCUCGUCAACGCACUUUUGUGUGAAGUCGAAGAAAAGAUGUCGUCUGUUCCACAGUUCAAUUUUUUUGACUUGGCUACCAGUGCCAUGCUUGAAAAGUAUCUCCGUCAGUUGAUGGAAUCUGUAGAUGAUGUCGCCAUGGAUACAAAUAAAUACCUCAAUUUCCAGAGACAACACUACAGACAGCAACAAGCCAAGCAACAGCACAUUAUGAAGAGGCAACAAGAGAAUCAGCAGCGUCAAGCUAGAGGUGAUCCACCACUACCAGAAGAAGAUCUGAAUAAACUAUUCAAACCACUGCAGCCCCCACCGAGACUUGAUGCCCUGCUGGUGUCUGGACAGAUUGACAAUUACGCCGACCAGAUCUCAGAGUUCGCAGCUCAGAGUCUUGGAAAACUCUUUAUAGCAGAGAGUUUACAAGAUUCAAAUAAAACAACAUAGAGACACUCUGAAAAACUUAGAACAUCGUAAAUUAAAAAUUUAAAUUAAAAAGUGUAAAAUUUAGUGGAUUUUUAUAUAAAGACUUCGUCUGCAGACAUUGUAUGGAUUUAAUUGCAGUUGGUGAACUAUUGUAAUACUAAAGAUUUUGUUUAAGUGGUUAUAUCCAUGGAAAUCUUAACAGAUUUUUUAGCAUAUCUCCAUCAUCUUCAUAUUUGCGAUGACAUUGAAAAGAAUAUUUUAAAGCUUAUUUUAAUGGCAAACUAACUGAUAAUGGAUUUACAACCACAAGUCAAUUUAUAGUCAAAGUUGACGGUAUCAAAAUGGACAAAACAUCAAAACUUUGCAGGGUCAUGAAAAGUAGGGCAGGAUAUAGUCCUGUAUAAUUUUUUGGGUUGGCGCUAAAAUCUGAAAUUAAAAAAAAAUCCAAAUCACUGUAUAAUUAUGUGGUAACAAAAACCUGAUUAGAACACUUUUGGAUUGUGUUUAUUGGUGUCCAACGUAAAAUAAAAUUAAUAAGAAGAUAACCAUUCACAUUUGAUAAAAUACUCGUGUUUGCUAAUUCUAAGUUAUAACAAUUUCCUAUUGAUUUAUCCACUUUUUUUUCUUUCUUUUUUAUAAGCUGGCAGUAUUUUUUUUUGUAAUGCUUCAAAAGUAUUUAGGAAAAUCAGAAGGUUGAACUAGUUUUACGGGGGUUUACUCCCAAUAUUUAAAACAUUUUUUUUACUACAUAAUUGUGUUCUUUGGUCUGAGAAAAAAAAGAUGGCUGAACCAAAUAUCUUUCCUUCUGUAAAUAAUAAAGUGCCAACAAAUACA